AUGGCUAGAAUUGGAGAAGUGCGUCCAAAAGCCAUCGAGCCCCUGGAGGGUUCCGUUAGCGACGAUGAAGAGCCCAAGACACCAUCUAUGGGUGGCGAGUCUCUUUUUGACUACUUUCCUUUCGAAGAGAUUGAAACUCCUCCGGUCGUCAAUCUGUCAGUUGCUACCGAACCCGAAGACAUUCUUCUCCCGCUCAAACUUCAAUGGAAGAGACCUAGCCAAUCGAGGCUAGAAAGUCUUCCUCAAGUGCAUCGGAUCAUGGAUUGGGUUAUGGGCCGAAACGUAUUAAUACAAGAGGAUCAACCACUGACUCAACGGUUAGCUGAGGCUGGCGAUAUGUGUAAGAGUAGCUUAGGAGAGGAGGGCAAAGUGCAUCUCAGCGAAAAGUUAAUAAAAGAGGACUUUUUUGACAUUGGAGAUGUCAGUGAUAUUUGUCCUGCUUGCACGACACCAUAUUGUCAGGCUCUCGACUCCCUGCCAUUUAAGAGUAGUCUGAAGCUUGGAUAUAACGACCCGGAGAUGCAUACCUGGCUCAUAGGAGAUAAGUAUGUUAUGACCGAGGCGGUAGACGACGAAUUAUCCGAAGACGCAGAUGUCACAUUAACCCUAGCCACAGAGCUUGUCAAGAAAGCGACGAGAGUACCCGUGCCUAAUAUAAUAGCCGGGUGGAAGGAGAACGGGAAGGUAAUGACUAUCACCGAGAGGGCGCCAGGCCAGCGGCUUUAUGAUAUCUGGUGGGACCUGCGAGAAGACCAGAGAGAAAGGAUUGCGAGAGAGGUCGCGCGACACAUAGACCAAUGGAGGCGAAUGACAGCAGACAGAAUCUCAGCCCUCGGCGGUGGCCCUGUGCGGCGCCACCCUCAUCUGUUCGGGCUGUCGGAAGAAGGGUUCGGUCCUUUCAGAUCUGAUAAGCAGGUUUGGGCUGCCAUCUAUAGACGAUUGAAAAGAAGAAACGUCAGCGAGGACCUGAUACAGAUCUUGAAGGACUAUAUGCCAGAAUCAGCACCCUGUGUUUUCACACAUGGAGACUUGUCCACCACUAAUAUUCUAAUUCACAAUGGCCGAGUCUCCGCUAUCCUGGGGCUCGACAAUGCCGCGUGCCUCCCGGUGUGGGCUGAGCACGUGGCGGUACACUUUUGCUACUGCAAGGAAGAUGAGCAAUGGAAAGCGAUGCUGAGCAAGCACAUGAAGAGCUAUGCUAGCGCGAGGGAUUGGUGGAUGCUAUGGAACGCGGUCGAGAGGAAUGCAUCGAAGAAGCACAUAGCCGCCCUGGUAGCCCGCUGCCGAAAAUGGCAAAAGCCGCCGCGAAAUAAACGGACCUUCGAUCCGGAAUUAUCCAAGGAGAAGGAAAGGGAAGAUGCUACUACCGACUUGAACCUCAUGCCCGAAUCACAUCUGCAGUCACCCGUCCAAACACGUCCUCAUAAUGCCUAUAGUCCGACCAGAGCAGCACUUAGCAGAAAGCUAUUGAAAGGGAGAAAUUUCUCAGAAUUGUUGAAUGAUAUGAACUGGGAGUCGGCCAUUCACAUAGGAUCAGAAGAGGGCGAUAAUUUGGCAGCGAUAGGAGAGACAUGGGGACAAGGCCUCGUAAAAUGGGAAGCCGUUAGCAAGGAAAGCAGCGAAGAUGACGAUGCAUAUGAAGCCAAGCGUGUAGGGAUUGAGAGGUGGCUCUCAGAGAGUGAGAGAGGGAGGAUGUAUUUCGACAGACCUUUAGUCGUCCAACGCUUGUCAAAUGACGACCAGGAUACACCUCCGCUGGUAAGCCCGGCGAAAGACCCCCCUUGGAGAGAAAGACAGAGAUCAUUUGAGCGACCUGACAACAAUUCGAAAGGUCUAAGGCCGUUCAGCUUGCCUCUGUCCCACCUAUCAGAAAACGCUAAGCUCAACCCGCAAGAAGUAGAUCGAAAAGGGGAGGGUGUUGAUGAAAACGAGUCUCGUGAGAAAUUCAUCGAGGAGACUCUUCGUUCUCUAGAAUCUGGCCGGGAACAUGUCGUCGUCGAAGAUACUAUAAGCCCGAUUCCUCAGAAAGAAAAGGAAGAAGCCAGGCAGAGCGGAGGCACUGAGAACAAGCGGUCCUCAAUUUUUCGAGAGAAAACCUCUCCGGGAUCAUUAUAUUUGACACUCGCAAACGCGGCGGCCCAAGGGAAAAGCAAACGAUAUAGAAGGAGUAUCUCCGAGGAGCAAGCAUCAUCGCCGGAGGUGCAUACCACCGAUAAAUAG